CAUCUCCUCACGCAAAAUAUCGGUCAAAAACGAGAUUUGAAUUUUAAAAACAAGCGUCCAAAUGACGUCGAUAAUUGUGAUAAGGGGUCAUAUGAAAACCAAUUUUUACAUUGAUAAAGUGUGUACACGAGUGUAACAGCUGCGAGUUGCAAGGAAUAAAAUACAAAAUUCAACAGAAAACAUGGUUCUGCGUUGGGGAAUUUGUGGAGCUGGUCUCAUCAGUAGUGAUUUCGUAUCUGCACUCAUGGCACCUCCAAGUGAUGCCCAUCAGGUUGUUUGUAUAGGAGCUAGUUCCCAACAGAGAGCACAGAGUUUUGCAGACAAGUUUGGAAUAAAAACAGCCUAUGGAUCAUAUGAGGAGGUUGCCAAAGAUCCUAAUGUUGAUGUUGUGUAUAUUGGUGUGAUACACAUUUACCAUGUUGCGCUGUCCAAGCAGAUGCUAAAAGCUGGGAAGAACGUUCUCUGUGAGAAACCAGUGGGUGCUAGCCUGGCUCAGAUUCUGGAGGUCCAGCAGGUGGCUAAAGAGUGCAAAAAGUUCUUCAUGGAGGCAGUUUGGAGUAGAUGCAAUCCCAUUUAUCGUAAAAUCAAAGAAGAGGUAAGAGCUGGAAAUCUGGGAGAAAUCAAGCAUGUUCAAGCUCAAUUCUUUGUGCCAAUAGACAAAGUGGAUCGCGUUGCCAAGCCUGAGCUAGGCGGAGGGGCUUUACAUGACAUUGGGUUGUACACUGUACAGUUGGCCACUAUGAUUUUUAACAAUGAAAAACCAGUUAAAAUAACAGCUGACUCCACAUUGUCAGAUCAAGGAGUUGAUGAAGAUGGUUGUAUUACAUUAACGUAUAAGAAUGGUGGCAGAGCCGUUUUACUUUAUAGUACAAUGUUUCAAGGAGGGAAGAAUAACACAGCCACAAUAUAUGGUACCAAAGGCACAAUAGAGAUUGGUGAAAGCUUCUGGACCCCACUGGAGGCCACCUUUCCAUCUGGUAAAAUGACCAUCGAGACACCCUCUGGUCCAGUGCCGUAUACUUUCAUCAACAGUGGAGGACUGAGAUAUGAGGCAGAUUGCGUCAAAGAAUGUCUUGAAGCAGGGAAGUUAGAGUGCAAUGAAGUGUCAUUUGCCGACAGUCAAGCUAUUUACCAAAUUGUUGAUGAAGUUGUGAAGCAAACUGGAAUGAAAGUGAAAUGGUGAUUCCAGCAAUGCAUCAAUGGAAGUAUUUCCAAUUAAAGAUGUGAUGAAUAAAUUCUUUAUUCCUGAAAACAGUGAUGUACUAAUAACUAUAUUUAGUGCUAGAAUGGUGCUUAUGGACUCAUUAUAUGCAAAAUAUUAGAAAGGUGCUUAUUAAUCAUUUCCAAUUAUUGAUAUAACUGAUGAAUUAAAAAAAAUUGUGAUACAAUGUAUUUAAUUUUUUAUUUCUUUUACAUGCAUUUA